ACGAAACUUGUCAAACGAAUCACGUGACUUAAAUACACAAAACUUCCUGAUUUCUAAAACAGGUAGCAAAUAUUUUACUAAACAUGCUCCUGAAAUAAGUUACACUGGAUUAAUCCUUUCAAAAUGGAGAUAGAUGACAGUGAAAGUACCCUACGCCUUCAAAAAUGUUUACAAACAUUUAUUUUUCAUGUAGAUGAUCUAAUACAUGAGGAUGACCCGUCAGGGGACGGGUUUACCAGGGAGUUUAAGGUAAUACGAGAUGAAGGUAUUAAGAUGAGAGAAGAGAAUACGUACCCGGCAGAAGAAGGGAGAAGACCUUGUAACAUCAAGAAAAACCGAUAUAAAGAUAUUUUACCCUUUGACCAGACGCGGGUAACUCUCACCGAGAUACCAGGAGAGGAUGGGUCAGAUUAUAUCAACGCAAAUUUUAUUCAGGAUCAGUAUGGGGCCAAGUGUUAUAUUGCAAGUCAGGGGCCUGUUCAGACCACAGUUUAUGAUUUCUGGCGAAUGAUCAUACAGUACAAGGUGAAGGUCAUUGCCAUGGCAUGCAAGCUGAUUGAAAUGGGAAAGAGGAAAUGUGAGCAGUAUUGGCCGGACAUGGAAGAAGACGUAGAGGAAUAUAGAGACAUAACUGUUACACUGGUGUCGACAGAAGAUAUAGCUGAUCACUUAACGAAGAGAGUGAUGAGGGCAGUGCGAGCCGGUCAUGGCAGUGUAACUGUUACACAGUUCCACUACAUAGGCUGGCCUGAUCACGACAUUCCAAAUGAUUUUGACGUUAUUCUGGAAAUGAUGGCAGAGAUGCGGGAAAUUAAAUCUCAAGAUACGGAAAAAGCCCCUAUGGUUAUACACUGCAGUGCUGGUUGCGGUAGAACGGGAACAAUAUGUGCCAUUGACUUUGCUUGGGAUCUUCUUAAGUCAGGGAACAUGGAUGAGGCAUUCAGUCUAUGUGAAAUAGUUAGAAUUAUGCGUACACAGAGACAGUCUAUGAUACAGGCACCUGAACAGUACAUGAUGGCCCAUGUAACGAUACAGACGUUAUUCCAGAAACAUCUUGACCUUAUGGAGGAUCACACAUAUGGGAACAUCGGAUUUGGAGAUAAUAGUGACGAGGAUAGUGGAAAACUAGAUGGCAGUGUAUCUGAGGCUGGAAGUGAUUUGAGUGGUUUGCACGACGGAACUCGUAAAAGAUCUGUUAUGGAGCAGGACAUUGCCAAUACCAUUAAAAAGGUCACUCAUGUUCAAACUGCUGAUGAACUAUUAAACCAAACAAAUGCAACCGGAUCAGUCCCUGUGGGACUACCGGAACCACUUAAGCCGACUUUGGCUGUCUAUGUUGCAGAAGAAACUCCGGAACAUGUUACGAGCCCAAAAAUUAAUGAACUUAAGAAAACAUUCUCAAACGAGAAUAAAACAUAUAAAGUCGAGAAAAUAGAAAUGCCAAAUAAACCAGCAACUAAGAUAGAAGAAAGAUAUUUAGAAAAUUUACAUAAAGUUGAAAAGUCAGAAAAGAAGAUGUCUUUUGUUUCUAAUGAAGCGCGACAAAAAGACAUUGAAUCAAAGAGAGCUCUGUAUGACAAACCAAAAAUAUCAGAGAAACCCGCCUUAGAACCUCAGAAAUCGAUGGACAAAACAACGUCUGUGAUAGCUUCUUCUGUUAAAGAACAGAACAACAAUCAGCUUACCAAUGAUAGUAAAGUUAAUAAUGAAAGGCCAUUGGUCCAAAGAGUUGAAAGCCAAAUACAGACGGGCAAUAAAUAUGUAACCGUUUUGUCGGUUGGCGGAGUUCAAGAUAAAAAGCCUACGCUAAGUAAAACCACAUCUGCUCCAGGCCCACCAAUUAAUACUCCCCCACAAAGUUUCACGCAACGAUCAAAGACAUUGUCUGUUAAAAAAUCAAAGAUAGUAGAGGAAAAGCCACAAUCAAGUAUUCCACCAGAAUCUCCGGCAGCACAAACAGGAAGCAUGUAUUCUAUGGCAGGAAAUUCUCAGUUUUAUUCUUCCCUCUCUAAUUAUAGUUCAGCUGUACCGGAAGGGACUAAAAACCAUGUACCAAAUAAUAAAUUGUCUGAUUCGCCUGCCUACAGUUACGCAAAAGCCACCUACGACCCAUACAGUGCUGUUGACGAAAACCCAGGUGACGUACAUCUAUCCAAACCUAAAGUGGAGGCUUCGACUAUCCAAAAUACGCAGGUAUACUCCUACGCUACUGAACCAGUGAAUCCAGCAAACAACAUUUAUGCAGGUAUUGAUAAACAAAUGAAGCCAGUGGGUAAUCGGAAAUCACAUGAAGUUGAUGCAACAUACGAGGCAGUUACCAUUGGGUCCACAUCCGACCAGAUGGCGCCUGCUUUACCUAACAGAGGUUAUCUAGAGGAUGGAGAAAAUCAGAAUAUUGACAAAUCAGUUCCGAAGGUUUUUCGGUCUGGCGGCCGAGCUAUAUUUUUAAAGUUUGAGAAUUCCGUGGAAGUGAAAAGCUUACAGGAAAAGGUUUGAAUUCAUCAUCAUCAGACAAUAUUGUUGCUAGUGACACUCCAGGUUUUAAGACCAAGCUUGGGAAGAAGCCAGGGGGACCAAAAGAGAAACCAUCAUCUUGGAAGAAGAAAUGAUAUUUUGAAUAUAUAGUUUAGAACAUUGUCUUCAGUGAAAAAAAAAACAACUUUCGUGUGUUAACCAGUCUGUACAUUCUAGCAGCUGAUUGGUUGUUUCAAAUCAUAUACAUGUAUUUGAAAUGAGCCAAUCAUAGUGAUGUAAUUGUAGACUGGUCUACCAUUGUAAACUGGUCUACUAAUUAUGCUUCUUUACUUUGGGACCAGAAUGACUUGUAUAUUUAUCAAUUAUAAAACUUUUACAUAUAUAUAUAUAUUUAUAUAAUAAAGAGUAGCCAUUCUUUUCUUGGCAAUUUUUGUAUAAAUUUAUGACAGUUAUUAAGUAUUUACAUAUAUUAAAUAUACAUCUAUUUUAUGGCGAUGGGUGCUUUUUCAAAUUAUUUGAUAUGCUAUACAUAACAUUCCAUUUUAUAGCAAGUGUGUAAAAUUAAUAGUGAAAAAACUUGUGUUUUUUUGCCACAUUUAUUAUUCUUGUUUCAAUUCAACCAUUUUUAGAUAGUGUUGAAUAAUUAAAUAGAAAUAAAAAAUAACUAGAUGACUUAAUUAUAUUUUAGGUUAUUAAAUUAAAAAAAUGACAAUGCCAUAUUUUAAAGGCACUUAUUGUAACAUUCUUAGUAUAUUUUAGUAAUUAGUGAUUUAGAUUUAUGUAGGUAUUUGUAUGUUGCCAGUACCUUUAAGUACUAUGAUGCUAUAAGUUAUUUAUUAUAUAAGAUGGCAUUGUGACCAUUGUCUUACUUUUGUCAGUGAGAUAUGAAAAAUAUCACUCACUGAACUGUGAAAUAUGGAUUGUAUCUCAUUUGUAAGUGCUAAUUGUCUGUAUGUAACAGAAUGUCUGAUACUUCUCAGUGAGAUAUUUUUCAUAUCAGUUCUGAUAAAAUAAAUAUUCUCAUAUAUAUCUAACUGCAUUUUGCAGUACUGUGCUCUUUGAAUAUAGCUGUGCCUUUUCAAAUAUUUUGAGACAGUUGGUAAAGUUUCAAUAUUAUUUUUUUUAUGUUUGAGUGUUUUUUUGUUUGUUUUUUUUUUCUUCAGAAAAUUAUGUACAAAUUUCUUGUUACAUGGUCAUGUAUUAAAUUACAUAAUUAUAAUAAAUACAUGUAAAUAAAUA